GAAGAAAUCUUCUUCUUUCUUUGUUUCUCUUUGAUCAUAUUCUAAAUAUUCAUCAAUGGCAUCUACCAAAGUUAAGAUUCCAACUAUAGAUUUCUCCAAUGAAGAGCUAAAACCAAACACUUCAUUAUGGGAAUCCACAAAAAUUCAAGUUUUUGAAGCUUUAAAAGAAUAUGGUUGUUUUGAAGCAAUAUAUGAUAAAAUUUCAAAUAAAAUUAGAGAGGGAAUGUUUAGUAUUUCAAAAGAACUAUUUGAAUUUUCUUUAAAAACCAAAUUGGAAAAUUUUUCAGAAAAACCAUUACAUGGUUACAUGGGGAUGAUUCCACACAUGCCAUUGUAUGAGAGUUUGUGUAUUCCUGAUUUGCUUAAUCCUCUAAGUGUUGACACUUUUUCUAAUAUCUUUUGGCCUCGUGGUAAUCCUGAUUUCUGCAAUUUGGUAAAAUCUUACUCAAAUCCACUUGUGGAAUUGGAUGAAAUGUUGAAGAGGAUGAUUUUGGAGAAUUUGGGAUUAGAAAAUCAUAUUGAUGAAUUGUUGGAUCCCAAUUUUGUCCUAUUUAGAUUUACACAUUAUAAGGGAUCACCAAUUGUUAGUGGAGAUGAAAAUAAUAAACCUGCUAGAUUGGGUGAUCAUACAGAUGGUAACUUCUUGACUUUUAUAUCACAAAAUCAAGUCAAUGGAUUGCAAAUCAACAAAAACGGAGAGUGGAUUGAUGUCAAUAUUUCACCAAAUUCUUAUGCUGUUUUGUCUGGUGAUUCCUUCAAAGCAUGGACAAAUGGUCGAUUGCAUUCUCCCCUCCACAGGGUAGCAAUGUCUGGAGAAAGUGAUAGAUUCUCCAUUCAAUUAUUUUCAUUAGCAAAACCAGGUCAUUUCAUAAAGGCCCCAAAAGAACUUGUGGAUGAAGAACACCCUUUACUUUUCAAGUCAUAUGAAAUGCUUGAUCUAUUUAAGUAUGUUGCUUCACAAGCUGGUUAUGGAGCUCCUGCUGAUGCUUUCAAGGCUUAUUGUGGUAUUUGAUAUCCUAAAUGUGAAUUUUCG